CUCAAUACCACACCGUUUGGUGUCAUGGAGUAAGGAAGAUAAAAAAGCAAUCCGCCCGUCCAUGUAACGCACGCGGCUGUAUUGCAUCCACGAAAGGGCCCAACGAAACCAGCAUUGCCACAUCUUCAAGCCAGCACAGCACUUCCUAGGGGCCGAAAGACGCUUCGGCCUUCUAUGCUCUUUUCAGUCUCCACAACAUUCUUGCAAGAUUUCCCAUAAUCAUGACUCUGGGAAAGACGGAAUGGCGUAAACUGCCGCUCAGCCUCACGGAGCUUUGCAUCGACACGACGCUGAGAUGUGGACAGUCUUUCAGGUGGAGGCAAAUAAAUAACGAAUGGCACUGCUCACUUCAUGGUAGAAUCCUGUCUCUGAAGCAGGAUCCGGACCAUCUACACUACCGAGUGACGUGGCCCAAGAUUGUCGCCGGUCCUUCGACUGCUUCUACUUCUCUGAAGGUGGAGGAGGGUGCUCAGGGGGGCCGUGUGCCGGACGACAGCGAGGCGCUUUUGAAGAAUUAUUUCAACCUGCACCACGACCUCGCCGGUUUGUACAAACAGUGGGCAAACGCCGAUCAAAACUUCCGAAAAAAGGCACCAGGCUUUACGGGCGUCAGAAUAUUGAACCAGGAUGCUUGGGAGGCACUCGUGGGCUUUAUUUGCAGCAGCAACAACAACAUUUCUAGGAUAUCACAGAUGGUACACAAGCUCUGUCUUAAUUAUGGACCAUAUAUCGGCACCAUUGGCGAAGAGGUGUUUCAUGACUUUCCAACACCGAUAACUCUCGCCUCCCCUGGAGUCGAAUCUCGACUUCGCGAGCUGGGCUUCGGCUACCGCGCAAAGUACAUCGCAGAGACGGCGCGCAAUAUCUCCCAGGACAGACCAGCAGGCUGGCUGGAAAGCUUACGGAACCCAGACAGCAAGGCCUGGGAAACUGUGCCACAACAGGUGUCGCUGGGUGAUGAGCCGUCCACAUACAAGCAUGCCCACGAGCAGCUUCUUGAGCUCUGUGGAGUCGGGCCCAAGGUUGCCGACUGCGUCUGCCUCAUGGGCCUAGGCUGGGGCGAGGCCGUCCCGGUCGAUACGCACGUAUGGCAGAUCGCAAUGCGCGACUACCGAUUUGGUGGCAAGAACAAGAACAAAACCCUUUCUAAGGCCAUGUACGACGCAGUGGGGGAUCAUUUUCGGAACUUAUGGGGGAGUCAAGCUGGAUGGGCCCACUCAGUACUCUUUACGGCUGAUUUGAAGACUUUCUCGGGCCGGGUUGCCCAGAAGCUGGAGGAUUCAUCAGAACUAAUGGCGGUCAAGAUCGAGACCAAAGAGGAAUCGCCCGCCCCCGGCACAUCCAUUACGACACCUGCGUCCACACCAAUCAAGAGGAAACGGACUAGUGUGGCUACAACGAUCAAAGUACAUGAGGAGGCCCUGUCUGACUCAGUGGCCACCAUCAGUGUGGCACCGAGGAAAAGGAUAAGAACGCGGAAGUGAAACCCAUGUGUAUAUAUAUAUAUACUAUUAAAGAAAGCAUCUCUUGCAUCGG